AUGGACAGCAAACUGUCCUUCACUGAGAACAUUGCGGCGGAGAUGGGUGUUCAUACCUGGUUAUGGCUGUGGGUGUCAUUGGACUUUGGAGCAGUGUGUGGAACGGCAGGGUCCUCCUGCAAGCUUCUGGACACUUUGAUCGCUCAGAGUCUGUAUAAGGAGGGUGAUGUGAUCAUUGGAGGACUGUUCCCUAUUCAUUUACAGGCACCUGAGCCCAACCUGGACUUCACACAACGAGCAUCAACUUGGCGGUGUCAGAAUUUUCAAACUCGUUCAUACCGUUGGCUGCAGACCAUGAUCUUUGCAGUGGAAGAGAUAAACAGAAACCCUGAUCUGCUGCCCAAUGUCACCCUGGGGUAUGCCCUGGCUGACACCUGCCUUGCAGAGCGGACAACGUUAGCUGCUGCGCUUAGCCUGGUAACAGGGAAAGACCCUGUCAUUAUGCGCUCCAGGUGCGGGCGCACUCCUGAGGUGCCUGUGAUUGUUGGUGAUGCGCGCUCCUCAGCAUCUAUCGUCAUCGCUCGCACACUGGGAGUCUUCAGCAUCCCCAUGGUGAGUUACUCUUCUACGUGUGCGUGCCUCGGAGACCGUCGAAAGUACCCCACCUUCUUCCGCACUGUGCCCAGCGAUGCCUUUCAGGCCCGGGCCAUGGUACACAUGCUGCGCCUCUUUGGCUGGACCUGGGUGGGUGUGAUAGCAGGAGAUGAGGAAUACGGCAGGUCUGGGAUCCAGCUUCUGCUGGAGGAGCUGCAGAACUCUGAAGUCAACUUGGAGACAAGUAUUCCACGCAUCGUGGAGACACUCAGACAUUCCACAGCCAAAGUGAUCCUCGCAUUUGCCAUUUCCACAGACAUUCUGAUUCUACUGAGGGAGGUGGUGAGACAAAAUAUCACUGACAAGCAGUGGAUCGCCACUGAGUCCUGGAUUACCUCCAGACGUGCCUCUGUUCCACAGAAUCUGCACUCAAUGAUUGGCACUAUAGGAUUUGCCUUGCGCAAGGGCAACAUGCAGGGGCUCAAGUCUUUUCUCACUCGGUUUCAGCCCAGUGAUAUGCCCUCUGACCCCUUUGUACAGGAAUUCUGGGAGAUAAUGUUCAAAUGCUCUUUGGGGAAUGACCCCACCCCAGCAGCCAGGCCCCAGUGCACAGGGUCUGAGAGCUUGGACAAUGUGGAGAGCCUGUAUAGUGACCUCUCCGAGCCGAGACUUACUUACAGUGUGUACAAGGCUGUGUAUGCCAUCGCACAUGCCAUUCACAACAUGCUGUCCUGUCAACCAGGAGCUGGUCCCUUUGAAAAUGGUGGGUGUCCAAAUGUCACCAACCUCAAGCCCUGGCAGAUUCUCCACUACCUUCGCACUGUCAACUUCACCACACCUGUGGGGGAGGCUACAUAUUAUGAUGAGAAUGGUGAACCACCGGCUGCUUAUGACAUCAUGAACUGGCAUGUAGGGGCACAGGGGAUGGUGGAGUUUGUCAAGGUGGGACAGUUUGACUCUGCGGAUGGACCUCACAGAGAAUUUGACAUCAACAUGAAAAGAAUCGUUUGGGGCGGAGGCCAGAAUGAGGUGCCGGUGUCCGUCUGCAGCAUGCCCUGUCCACCAGGCACUCGGAAGGCUGUGCAGAAAGGAAAGCCCAUCUGCUGCUUUGACUGCUUGCCAUGUGCAGCAGGAGAGAUCAGCAACACCACUGGUUCAACAGAGUGCUGGAAAUGCCAAGACCGAUUCUGGUCGAAUGCUGCUCGGACUGCCUGCGUUCCAAAGGAGGUGGAGUUCCUGUCCUUCCAGGAGACCAUGGGGAUUGUCCUUGCUGCUCUUUCAGUCUCUGGGGUGGUCCUCACAGGCAGUGUCCUCGCCACCUUCUUUUUCCACUGGGACACGCCCCUUGUUAGGGCAAACAAUGCAGAGCUGAGCUUCCUGCUGCUGCUGUCGCUCUCUCUCUGCUUCCUGUGUGCGCUGGCCUUCAUCGGUCGCCCCUCCCCCUGGUCCUGUAUGUUGCGCCACACGCUGUUUGGGAUCAGCUUUGUGCUCUGCAUUUCCUGUGUGCUCAGUAGGACAGUGGUGGUGCUGGUGGCCUUCCGUGCCUCAGUCCCUGGCAGCAACAUCAUGCAGUACUUUGGCCCGGUGCAGCAGAGAGUGGCCAUCUCCCUCUGCACCUCCAUCCAGGCGCUCAUCUGUGUGCUGUGGUUGGUUCUGUCACCUCCUGUCCCAUCUGAGAUACAAGGGCGGAGUCCCAGGAUCAUCCUUGAGUGUGAUGUGGGUUCAGGGGCUGGCUUUGCUUGUGUCCUGGGCUACAUUGGCCUCCUGGCGGCCAUCUGCUUCCUGCUGGCCUUUUUAGCAAGGAAGCUCCCAGAUAACUUCAAUGAGGCCAAGUUCAUCACCUUCAGCAUGAUCAUCUUCUGCGCCGUCUGGAUCACCUUUGUCCCUGCCUACGUCAGCUCCCCAGGGAAAUACACAGUCGCUGUGGAGAUAUUUGCAAUCCUGGCUUCAACCUAUGGACUCCUCCUCUGCAUCUUUGCUCCUAAGUGUUAUAUAAUCCUACUGAGACCAGACAAGAAUACCAAGAAGAAGAUGAUGGCAAAAUAG